AUGCAGAUCAAGACGGUAGCUCCCUUGGGCGAGCGGGUGUUCGUGAAAGUGGUCGAGGCCGAGCAGAAGACGCAGGGCGGCAUCCUCCUGCCCAGCAGUGCCCAGAAGCGCCCCACACAAGGGGAGGUGGUGAACGCUGGCACCGCCAAGGCCCUCAAGAAGGGUGACAAGGUGGUCUACUCCAAGUAUGCCGGCACGGAAAUCGAGCUGCAGUCGGAGGACUUUGUCAUCCUCAAGGAGGAUGACGUCAUCGGCCUGAUCAACGGCGACGACAUCGCCACCCUGCGCCCCUGCCAGGACCGGCUACUGGUGGAGAUGCAGGAGGCUGCCAGCAAGACCGCGGGCGGCCUGCUCCUGACCGAGAGCUCCCAGGAGAAGCCCACCAUCGGGCGCGUGGUGGCCGUCGGCCCUGGGCGCGUGGAGGAGGAAAGCACGGAGGCGACGCCGUUGGGCGUGGAGGCCGGGGCCACGGUCCUCUACUCCAAGUACUCGGGCACCGAGUUCGAGGGCGCCGAGGGCAAGAAGUACAUCGUCAUCCGCGAGGCCGACAUCCUGGCCCUCGUGGCCUGA